GUUGUGUGUGUCGGUGCCUCCUCGCCAUCUUGUUGCAAAGCCCUUUCUUGUCGGCGGGACUCCCGGGGGCCGCGGGGCGGGAGGCAUCGGAAGGGAGGUAGAGAGGGAGGGGAAGAAGGGAGGCAGUGCCGCCUCUUUUUUUUUUUGCAUUCCAUUUUUUAAAAUUUGGAAAUUUAUAUUUUGCAAAUCUUUUGAGAGACAUUGAUUUUUCUCCCCGUGCUCCCCCGUUCUUCCCUGCGGAGUGCGCUGCGCCGCCCAGCCCUGUCGCCCCCCGGAGGUGAUCCCUCCCUCCUGCCUGCCCGCCAGCCUGACCUGUGCCCGGCUCGCGGGCCGCAGCCUCGGCCCCGGCGCGCCCCCGGCGGCUCUCGGCGCGAUGAGCAUAGAGACGCUACUGGAGGCGGCCCGCUUCCUGGAAUGGCAAGCGCAGCAACAACAGAGAGCACGUGAGGAGCAGGAGCGGCGUCGCUUGGAGCGGGAGCGGGAGCAGGAGCAGAAGAAGGCCAACAGCCUGGCCCGGCUGGCACAUGCCCUUCCUGUGGAGGAACCCCGCAUUGAGGCGCCACCCCUGCCUCUGUCCCCGCCAGCACCACCGCCGGCACCCCCUCCGGCACUUGCCACCCCUGCCCCACUGACUGUCAUUCCUAUUCCUGUGGUGACCAACUCCCCUCAGCCGCUGCCCCCACCCCCACCCCUGCCCCCCACAGCCCAGCCUUUGCCCCUGGUGCCUCGUCAGCCAGCCCUGGUCAGCACCCCUGGACUCAGCAUUAAGGAGCCUGCUCCCCUGCCCAGCAGGCCACAGGUGCCCACCCCUGCUCCCCUACUGCCGGACUCGAAGACUACCAUUCCACCCACUGGCAGCCCCAAGCCUUUGCAGCCCCUCCCCACGCCUAUCCUGACCAUAGCGCCACACCCUGGAGUCCAGCCCCAGCUGGCCCCUCAGCAGCCACCCCCACCCACGCUUGGGACCCUGAAAUUGGCACCAGCUGAAGAAGUCAAAUCCAGCGAACAGAAGAAGAGGCCCGGGGGGAUUGGAACCAGAGAGGUCCACAACAAAUUGGAGAAGAACAGGAGGGCCCAUCUCAAGGAGUGCUUUGAGACCUUGAAGCGUAACAUCCCCAACGUGGAUGACAAGAAGACGUCGAAUCUCAGCGUGCUGCGGACGGCGCUGCGGUACAUCCAGUCCCUGAAGAGGAAGGAGAAAGAAUACGAGCAUGAGAUGGAGCGGCUGGCGCGGGAGAAGAUUGCCACGCAACAGCGGCUGGCCGAGCUCAAGCACGAGCUGAGCCAGUGGAUGGACGUGCUGGAGAUCGACCGUGUGCUGCGGCAGACGGGCCAGCCCGAGGAUGACCAGGCCUCCACUUCCACCGCCUCUGAGGGUGAGGACAACAUAGACGAGGAUAUGGAGGAGGACCGGGCGGGCCUGGGCCCACCUAAGCUGAGCCAUCGUCCCCAGCCGGAGCUGCUGAAGGCUACCGUGCCACCGCCCAGCACCACCCCUGCGCCUCUGCCUCCACACCCACACCCUCACCCCCACUCCGUGGCCCUGUCUCCCGCCCACCUCCCUGUGCAGCAGCCGCAGACACAGCAAAAGACCCCUCUGCCAGCCCCUCCUCCCCAACCGGCUGCCCCUGCCCAGACACUGGUACCAGCUCCGGCCCACCUGGUGGCGACGGCUGGGGGCGGCUCCACGGUCAUCGCCCACACAGCCACCACCCAUGCUUCAGUCAUCCAGACUGUGAACCACGUUCUGCAGGGGCCGGGCGGCAAGCACAUCGCCCACAUCGCCCCCUCAGCCCCCAGCCCUGCUGUGCAGCUGGCGCCUGCCACACCCCCCAUUGGCCACAUCACAGUGCACCCUGCCACCCUCAACCACGUGGCCCACCUGGGCUCCCAGCUGCCCUUGUACCCACAGCCCGUGGCAGUGAGCCAGCCCGUGGCCGUGAGCCACAUCGCCCACACCCUCUCGCACCAGCAAGUGAACGGCACAGCCGGCCUGGGGCCCCCAGCUACUGUCAUGGCAAAGCCGGCUGUGGGGGCACAGGUGGUACACCACCCCCAGCUGGUGGGCCAGACCGUGCUCAACCCUGUGACCAUGGUCACCAUGCCCUCCUUCCCGGUCAGCACGCUCAAGCUGGCUUGAGGAUGAGGCCACUCAGAGGCCCUCAGUGGGGACAGGGAGGGGGACCCGUCCCCUACUCUCCCACCCACUAGCUCCACACAUUCCAGCCAGGCCCAGGCCCUCCCCCCCAACACCCACCCCCAGGCCUCCUAGGGGAAGGGGGUGCAAAGACUCUGAGCCAAAGGAGGGAAGGGCCACCAGGGAGUUGGGCACAGGGCAGGGGGCUACCCCGCUGCACUAGGACUUGGUAAAAUGACUCUGAGAGAGAAAACUUGAGACACUCUGGUGGAACGUGUCGCCUGCCCAGCCCGGUGCCAGCUCCCUCGCCCUCCUGCUUCCCCUCCCUGUCCUCGGAAACCAGUGCUAUGUGGACAUCACGCUCCCUGACUUCUCCCUGCCCUGCCCCGCCUUCCUGUGCUGCUGCUGCUAUUGCUGUCUGGUGAGGUGGCCCAGGCCCCGGCUCUCCGGAUCCUCAGCGUUCUCUUCCUAGGCCUUUGGAGGGGAAAUGGGGGAAGCAGAACUUGGCCCAGAAAGCUGUGGACUGGGGUGAUGAGGGGCCCUACUCUGAGCACAGGUGACAGAUCAUAGAAAGUGGCUGGUCUGGAGUCCUACUGGACAGGCAGGUGCCCCAGCUUGGGGCUCUCUGACCCAGUUGCAGUCACUGUGAUUCGUUACCGUAGAAACGACUUAAAAUGAUUCUCUACUAACAAUAAACCAAACCCAGCCACUGCCAA